AUGGCAUGGUUGAGAGCUGGAACUAGUGUAGCAAAGCUUGCAAUUAGGAAAACUCUAACACAAGGCAGAUCCUACGCAUCAAGACCUCGACUCCUUCCAUCAAGAAUCCACCAUUUUCACACCACAAUUCCCAAAUCAAAACCACAAUCACCCAUUCCACGAUCUGUUCCACUUUCCAAAUUAUCAGACAACUUCUUAGAUGGAACCAACAGUGUCUACAUAGAAGAAAUGCAAAGAGCCUGGGAAGCGGACCCCACUAGUGUCGAUGAAUCAUGGGACAAUUUCUUCAGAAACUUCGUAGGCCAAGCAUCCACAUCCCCUGGAGUAUCCGGUCAAACCAUUCAAGAAUCCAUGAAGUUGUUAUUACUUGUGAGAGCUUACCAAUUUCAUGGCCACAUGAAAGCCAAAUUAGACCCAUUAGAUCUUGAACAAAGAGACAUACCCGGUGAUCUUGACCCGGGUUUCUACGGGUUCACUGAAUCCGACCUAGACCGUGAAUUCUUCCUAGGGGUAUGGAAAAUGUCGGGUUUUUUAUCCGAAAAUCGCCCUGUUCAAACCCUAAGAGCAAUCUUGACUAGACUCGAACAAGCUUAUUGUGGAAGCAUAGGUUACGAAUACAUGCACAUUGCAAAUCGCGAUCAUUGUAACUGGUUAAGAGACAGAAUAGAAACCCCAUCUCCAAGUCAAUACAAUAGUAAAAGGCGCGAAGUCAUUCUUGAUAGACUCAUUUGGAGCACACAAUUCGAAAACUUUCUAGCAACCAAAUGGACAGCUGCAAAAAGAUUCGGUCUUGAAGGUGGUGAAACCCUAAUCCCAGGUAUGAAAGAGAUGUUUGACAGGUCAGCAGAUCUUGGAGUUGAAAACAUCGUCAUUGGUAUGUCCCACAGAGGAAGAUUAAACGUUUUAGGAAACGUUGUUCGGAAGCCAUUAAGACAAAUCUUCAGCGAGUUUAGUGGUGGAACAAAACCAAUUGAUGAAGUCGGACUUUAUACAGGAACUGGUGAUGUGAAGUAUCAUUUAGGGACUUCAUAUGAUCGAGCCACAAGAGGUGGAAAGCAUAUUCAUUUGUCGUUAGUUGCAAACCCUAGUCAUUUAGAAGCUGUUGAUCCUGUUGUGAUUGGGAAAACAAGAGCAAAACAAUACUAUUCGAACGAUGUCGAUAGAACGAAGAACAUGGGGAUUUUGAUUCAUGGAGAUGGGAGUUUUGCUGGACAAGGUGUUGUUUAUGAGACUUUGCAUUUGAGCGCUCUUCCUAAUUAUACAACUGGUGGAACAAUUCAUAUUGUCGUGAAUAAUCAAGUCGCGUUUACUACUGAUCCGAAGUCGGGAAGAUCUUCACAGUAUUGUACGGAUGUUGCUAAAGCUUUGGAUGCUCCGAUUUUUCAUGUUAAUGGUGAUGACGUGGAAGCGGUUGUUCAUGCUUGUGAGCUAGCGGCUGAGUGGCGGCAGACGUUUCAUUCCGAUGUUGUGGUUGAUAUUACGUGUUAUCGGAGAUUUGGGCAUAAUGAAAUUGACGAACCUUUUUUCACUCAGCCGAAAAUGUACAAGGUUAUCAGAAGCCACCCAUCUGCACUUGAAAUCUACCAAAAGAAGCUGUUGGAAAGUGGUCAAUCAACAAAAGAAGACAUCGACAGAAUGCAAAACAAGGUAACCACAAUCUUGAAUGAAGAAUUCAUGGCAAGUAAAGAUUAUGCCCAAAAGAAAAGGGAUUGGCUUUCAGCUUACUGGUCAGGUUUCAAGUCCCCUGAACAACUCUCACGCAUUCGUAACACCGGGGUGAAGCCUGAAAUCUUGAAGAAUGUUGGGGAGGCAAUCACAACGCUUCCAGAAAGCUUCAAGCCUCACAGAGCAGUUAAAAAGAUAUUUGGCGACCGAUUAAAGAUGAUCGAAUCAGGGGAGGGUGUUGAUUGGGCGGUUGCAGAAGCUCUUGCUUUCGCGACUCUGUUGGUGGAGGGGAAUCACGUGAGGUUGAGUGGUCAGGAUGUUGAGAGAGGUACUUUCAGUCAUCGUCAUUCUGUCAUCCAUGAUCAGGACACUGGUGAUCGAUACUGUCCGUUGGAUCAUGUUAUGUCCAAUCAGCAUCCCGAAAUGUUCACUGUCAGCAACAGCUCUCUUUCGGAGUUUGGUGUUCUAGGGUUUGAAUUGGGUUAUUCAAUGGAAAAUCCAAAUUCCUUGGUGUUAUGGGAAGCCCAAUUUGGUGAUUUUUCAAACGGAGCUCAGGUCAUGUUUGACCAAUUCUUAAGCAGUGGGGAGGCCAAGUGGCUACGACAGACUGGCUUAGUCGUAUUGCUCCCUCAUGGCUACGAUGGUCAGGGCCCUGAACAUUCCAGUGCAAGGCUCGAACGUUUCCUUCAAAUGAGCGACGAUGAUCCGUUUGUUAUCCCCGAAAUGGACCCCACACUCCGUACGCAAAUCCAAACAUGCAAUUGGCAAGUCGUCAAUGUCACAACCCCAGCAAAUUAUUUCCAUGUCUUGCGUAGACAACUGCACAGGGACUUCCGUAAGCCGCUUAUUGUAAUGUCCCCUAAAAAUUUGCUUCGACAUAAAGACUGCAAGUCAAAUUUAUCAGAAUUCGAUGAUGCUGAAGGCCACCCGGGCUAUGACAAACAAGGGACCCGCUUUAAGCGUCUUAUCAAGGAUCAAAAUGGCCACUCGGAUCUCGAAGAGGGCAUUAGACGCUUAGUUCUAUGCUCUGGAAAGGUGUAUUAUGAGCUUGAUGAAGCAAGGAAGUCAACGGAUAGUAAAGACGUCGCAAUUUGUAGGGUCGAACAGCUUUGCCCUUUCCCAUAUGACCUAAUCCAGCGUGAACUAAAGCGUUACCCAAAUGCGGAGAUUGUUUGGUGUCAGGAGGAGCCGAUGAACAUGGGGGCAUAUUCCUACAUUUCUCAUCGGCUUGCUACAGCCAUGAAGGUGUUGGGAAGAGGUACGAUAUAUGACAUCAAGUACGUGGGCCGCGGAACCUCUGCUGCUACCGCCACCGGAUUCUAUGGAGUUCACGGGACUGAACAGUCGGAGUUGGUCAAGAAAGCCUUGCAGCCUGACCCCAUCCCAUCACCUGCUUAAACUCGAUUCGCUAUAACUAUAAAUCACAACCAAUAAGGAUACGCCACCUGGCGAAUAAGUUUUACAAAUUUUGCUCGCCAAUUCGGAAAUUUUAAUAACACGCAAUUUAUAUAUAUAUAUUCGUUAAUAACUCAUAACACACACUCCAAACUAGUUUAAGAUAUUCCAAACAAAUUCACCACUUUUUAUUUAAAUUAACAAUA